AUGGGCUCUAUCGAAAUCCCUAACUGCUCCGGCUCGAUCGUCUACAAGACUAUAUCCGACUUUAUCGAUUUCCCCGACCAUGAACAGAAGCUAUGGUGGCAUAGCACGGCACCAAUGUUUGCUGAGAUGCUCAGGGUUGCCGGAUAUGACCUUCACUCUCAGUACAAAAUUUUGGGUAUUUUCCUCAACCACGUCAUCCCAUUCCUAGGAGUCUACCCAACACGGAUAAACAAUCGAUGGCUGAGCAUCCUAACUCGAUAUGGAACCCCGUUUGAGCUGAGUUUAAACUGCUCACAGUCACUGGUACGAUAUACCUACGAGCCCAUCAACUCAGCGACUGGCACGGUUAAAGACCCUUUCAACACUCAUUCCAUAUGGGAUGCACUCGACCGGUUGAUGCCACUGCAGAAGGGUAUCGAUCUUGAGUUUUUCAAGCAUCUGAAGCAGGACCUCACAGUCGAUGACCAGGACUCUGCUUAUCUUUUGGAAAACAAUCUUGUUGGAGGUCAGAUCCGAACCCAGAACAAGCUGGCCCUUGACCUGAAAGGGGGAAACUUCGUGUUGAAGACUUAUAUCUACCCUGCUCUCAAGGCUCUUGCCACUGGAAAAUCGAUCAAGACAUUAAUGUUUGACUCCGUUUAUCGUUUGUGCAGGCAAAACCCAUCACUGGAAGCUCCUCUACGCGCUCUUGAGGAGUAUGUUGAUUCCAAGGGUCCUAACAGCACCGCAUCUCCCCGGUUGCUUUCUUGCGACCUGAUUGAUCCUAGCAAGUCCCGUGUCAAGAUCUAUAUAUUGGAACUCAACGUUACAUUGGAAGCAAUGGAGGAUUUGUGGACGAUGGGAGGCCGAUUGAACGAUGCGUCAACCCUAGCAGGACUUGAGAUGCUGCGAGAGCUGUGGGAUCUCAUCAAACUACCACCUGGAAUGCGAGAAUACCCCGAGCCUUUCUUGCAGUUGGGAACAAUCCCCGAUGAGCAGCUUCCCCUGAUGGCCAACUACACGCUCCAUCAUGACCAAGCCAUGCCUGAGCCACAAGUAUACUUCACAACAUUCGGCCUGAAUGAUGGUCGCGUAGCUGACGGGCUUGUGACCUUCUUCGAAAGACGAGGCUGGAACCACAUGGCCUAG